GGUGACCUCUGAAAGUCAACUCUGCAGGGAAUGAGCUCCUAUCUUGGGGAGUACUUAAAAGAAUUUUUUUUUUUUUGGAAGAAUUACUGCAGGAAACAUUCAAGAACCUUGGGAAACAUGAAUUCUGGAAUCUUGCAAGUCUUCCAGAGGGAACUCACCUGUCCCAUCUGCAUGAACUACUUCAUAGACCCAGUCACCAUAGACUGUGGGCACAGCUUUUGCCGGCCCUGUUUCUACCUCCACUGGCAAGACAUCGCAGUUCUUGCUCAGUGUUCUAAAUGCAAGAAGACAACACGGCAGAGAAACCUCAAAACUGACAUUUCUUUGAAGAAGAUGGCUUCCAUCGCCAGAAAAGCCAGUCUCCGGCAAUUCCUUAGCUCUGAGGAGCAAAUAUGUGGGACGCACGGAGAGACAAAGAUGUUCUGUGAAGUGGACAAGAGCCUGCUCUGUUUGCUGUGCUCCAGUAACUCUCAGGAGCACCGGAAUCACAGACACUGUCCCAUUGAGCGGGCUGCUGAGGAACACCGGGAGGAGCUCCUAAAAAAAAUGCAGUGUUUGUGGGAAAAAGCUUGUGAAAAUCACAGAAAACUGAGCAUGGAAACCACCAGAACCAGAUGCUGGAAGGAUUAUGUGAGUUUAAGGAUAAAGCAAUCAGAGCUGAAUAUCAGAAGAUGCCUGCAUUUCUCCAUGAAGAAGAGC